GGAAAAUUUGACAUAACUUCAUUUUAUAAUAUAUAUGCACUUUUUAUAAACUUCAAAUCGUCACUAAAUGUCAAUUUGUAUAAGUCGCACGAAAAAUACAAAGUAAGUGCGAUGGAAACUAUCAAAAAAGCAGCAAAAUGUGGCAAAGGAAACAAAGAAAAAUCAGACACAUUAAAAUCACAAGGUCAAAAUAUAUUAUGGGAAAAUAUUUGCGACGAAUAUUUACAAAUGAAAAACCUAAUUUUAGAGUACAUUAAAGAAAAGGAUAAUCAACCCAAAAUAUCAUACAGUCCCACCGUGCAAUUUAUGGUGGACAACGUGUUCCCAGUAUUAAAACCAGCCAUGAAAGUAAUGUUGGAAAAGGCAGUGGAAAAUGAUAGUUGUUACAUUCCGAAAACCGUUUUUGACGGUGUCGAUUUUCUCUGCGAGUAUUUGUAUUACGAAAAUCCCAAUCAUCCAGAGAGAAAAGAAAAUAUCGUUCCUUUACACGAAUUGGAGUGGGUGAAAAAGUCGUUAAAGGAAAGUCCUAGGCCUUUUUACCCAAAGCAUCGAAUUUGGAAAAAGGAAUAUGGUGCCCUUAUAAUCCAGUGUUGGUUCAGGGGUCAUACUGUGCGAUCUCGCCCUGAAGUUCAAGAAGUCCGGCAAUUUUGGAGAACUUUAGAAAAACCGUUGGUGGUUGAUGAAACAGAAAUUCCGGAAUCAAUUACUGAAACUGGUUUAAACGAAAGUCUCUGAUAAGAUGACAAAAUUAUAAUUAACAUUUGAAUUUGUUUAUGAUUUAAUAAAGUAUUCUGUGUUUGAGUAGUAA